CUUCUGCCUGUCAGGACUCUCUUCAGAGAAGAGGCCCAGGUUUCAGCAACUGAAGCUGAGACACAAGACGGCAGGACAUAGAAAAGGUACUGACUUAAAGAUCUAAAGGUAAUUCACCUUGUUUUUGUUACCUUUCUCCACAGCAGCAACAGGUCUCAACCUGGAGACAAAGUUUACCCUCAUGUGUACUCUGGACAGUUCAAGUCACUUGGUGCUGUAAGGACAGAUCCACAGCAAACAGUAAAGCCUUUUCUACUAUAAUUUUAGUCUCUCUCUGUGGAUUUCAUUCCCAAGAAGGCAAGGGUUUGGGGAGACACAUGCUGCGAUGUUAGCGUUGUUAUUUCUUUUCCUCUAAGUGGUUCCUUUCUGUUAUCCCCACAGAGUGCCCAAGAGGACAAUGGCAACCAAGAAUUCUUCUGUGACAGAGUUUAUCCUUGCAGGCUUAACAGACCAGCCAGGACUCCAGAUCCCUCUCUUCUUCUCAUUUCUCUGCUUCUAUGUGAUCACUGUCGUGGGGAAUCUGGGCUUGAUUACUCUGAUUGGGCUGAACUCUCAUCUGCAAAAACCCAUGUACUUUUUUCUCUUUAACCUCUCUUUAAUUGAUUUCUGUUACUCCACUACCAUUACCCCCAAAAUGCUGAUGAGUUUUGUCUCAAAGAAGAACAUCAUCUUGCAUGUAGGAUGUAUGACUCAAUUCUUUUUUCUGUGCUUCUUUGUUAUCUCUGAGUGCUUCAUUCUCUCAGCAAUGGCAUAUGACCGCUAUGUUGCCAUCUGUAAACCAUUGGUGUACACGGUCACCAUGUCUCCGCAGGUCUGUUUUCUCCUUUUGUUAGGUGUCUAUGUGAUGGGUUUUUUGGGUGCUAUGGCCCAUACGGGAAGCAUAAUGAGUUUGACUUUCUGUGCUGACAACCUUGUCAAUCAUUUCAUGUGUGACAUCCUUCCCCUCCUUGAGCUCUCCUGCAACAGCAGCUAUGUGAAUGAGCUGGUGGUAUUUAUUGUUGUAGCCAUUGGCAUCGGAAUGCCCAUUGUCACCAUCCUUAUCUCUUAUGCUCUAAUACUCUCCAGCAUUCUCCAUAUUAGCUCCACUGAGGGCAGGUCCAAAGUCUUUCGUACCUGUAGCUCCCACAUAAUUGUGGUUUCUCUUUUCUUUGGUUCUGGGGCUUUCAUGUAUCUCAAACCACCUUCCCUUUUGCCUCUUGACCAAGGGAAAGUGUCCUCCCUGUUCUAUACCAUUGUGGUGCCUCUGUUAAACCCAUUAAUCUAUAGCUUGAGGAAUAAGGAUGUCAAAGUUGCCCUGAGGAAUACCUUGAGAAGAAAAACAUUUUCUUGAGGAGGGAGAAAUAUUUGAAGAAGAUCUAAUACUUUGCUUUAGUGUGUGUGUGUGUUUUCACCGAGUUGUCCAAGCUCUAGUGUUUUCUCCCCUAAUCAGAAAGAGAAUUUUAAGUUUUUAUUUUUGGAUGAGGGUUUAACGCAGACCUUUUUUCCCUAAUCCUCACCUCACCUUGACUAUUCCGAGGUUCUUUACCUUAUGCAGAUUGUUUCUAAAAUCAAAAGUUGUUUCAUCUUGAAUGGAUCAUAUAAAUCAUUAAAUCUAGCCUUCUCAUUUAACAGACCAUACAUUGGAGACUCAGAAAUAUUGCAUAUGUUG